CUCCUAAUAUGAAAUUUCUGAUAUCUACAGUCAACCGUACCGGCCCUGGGACGGAGUCGAAAAUGUCCCAUACACGCCAACAGGGGAGCCCCUGAACAAACGUGGGGCAGGUUACUGUGCCUAUGGUUCCGUCCUAUUUCCCACGUGGCACCGCGUUUAUCUUGCACAAUUCGAGCAAGCCUUGUACUUACACGCAGCGGAGAUUGCUAAAGUGUUAGGCCAGGAGCAUACCGUUCUGCCAAAAUUCCGUAUCCCGUAUUUUCACUCUUUGCUGCCCCGUGAAAAGUUGGUCGACCAAGAGCAGCACACGUACGGGAUCCCAGUCGUCCUCAUGACUCAAUGUUCGGCGUCCUGGAAAGACGGACUAUGAACCGAUGGACAAUCCCCUCUACCAGUUCGAAUUUCCUAACGACCCCAAGGGAGGCUUCCAUUGGGACCAGAUCCGGAGUAUGCAAUGUAACUCGGGCUUUUCUUUAAGCCGACGGCCCGCUCCAGCAAGACUCCCUGUUUAUGCAAGAAGGUCUAAAUGUUGCCUGGUUUACAUGCACCUUUACCGAACAUCCACUAAGCUACUCAGAAUGCUACUUUCUCGCCCUUUCAAAUUCCUCAUUGGACCGGAUGAAAUUGAGAUUGCAGUACAUGAAGAAGCAAUCGCAAAUCAGUCCGCUGCGUUGAAUAUAUUGAUGCGAGGGAAGAUGUCAGAAAGCAUGAACGGUCUGGCUUCUUGGAAAGACGUCGACGAAAAAACUUUCGUUCGAUUCGCACAAUUUGCCUACACGGGAGACUAUUCGGUGCCACAGAUGGUUGUGAUCAAUCAAGCUGUCAACAAUCAAAGGGAGGAGGUACCUGUAGACAUUCAGCCAGGCGCCCAGGAUAUCGAAUUUGAUUGGGGCUCUUCGUCUACCAAGAAGACUGUCAAGAAGAAAGGAUUCAAGCAUGAUCUGACUCCACAAGAGACAACGUAUACGCCCUUCAAGUCUCUCACAUAUCCUCUCCUCCAACCUCGAUCCAAGUUUGCAGAUUCCUGCCAUCCUGUAAUGAUCAAAGGAUCCCGAUACCACAUCUUCGAGUCCCUGCUCAGUCACACGUCACUCUAUGUCCUAGCCGACAAAUGGGGCGUAGAAAGCUUGAAAGUCCUGACGCUUUACAAACUACACGAGAACCUCAAUAUGCUUAAACUUGAUGUGGAAGAGGUUCCUGACAUCGUUGAGCUUGCGCGCUACGGAUACUCCGAGACUCCCCAUCUGGAAACUGGAAUCGAUGACCUGAGGAAACUGAUUUGCCGAUAUAUUGCUGCCAAUGUGGACGCGAUGUCGAAAAGCAAAGCAUUUACGGAUCUGAUUGAAGAGGGAGGCGCAUUUGUGCCGGAUCUUUUCAAGCAUAUGCUGCCGAGGAUUAGAUAACUCGCUGGAGCUGGACUUGGUUAGUGUGUUCACUUCUCUGAGAAGGUGACAUGGGUAUGGAAAGGCGAGGACAACGUCCGAUCCCUUAGCGAGCAUGUUCUUGGGAUCAAGUAAGGAAGGUCGUACUAUCAAAAUUCUACCUCAUAGGGGCACACUCGUUCUUUUCCUUCUAGUGAGAGCCACAUAUCAUGUCA